UUGAUAACGAUGACAACUGCCGUUGUUUCGUAAAGGAAGGGAGAAUUUACUACAUAUUUUGACAUCUACAGGGUAUAGUACAUCGCGACGAUGGGAAGCCAAUACAACGGUCGUCCUCAAUAACCCUCGAGGCGGCGCUGAAGGAGAGAACCACGGAAUUUAUGGAAGGGUAAAAGGGGUGGGCUGGAGUGUGCUUUCUUUGUCAGUUCGGUGCUCUACCUGGCAGACGUUGUAAGUAGCAUCUGCUAUGCGUGUCCUCUUUGUUCACGCCGACGACAGGAUUGUGGUGAACCGACAGUUAAAUUUCAGACUGUGGGGGGCAUGCAUCAUCGUCGAACACGUCCUCUCCGGCAUCUUUAUCAACGGCAUACACAUUUUACAGAAACGACAUGAAGACGAUGAAUAAUAAGACGAAAGCUGUGGAAAUAGUGAAGUGUUUCUUCAUACCUGAAUACCACGUGCUGCUGGCGUUGUAUCGACACAUAGAGUCGACGGUAAGCGGGAGUGUAUCUGUGAACGCAGUGGAGUGGGCAGCCUUCACCCGCCUCCUGCAGGCCAUGGUGGAGGCUAUACCCCAGGCCAUCAUCCAGUCUUAUUUCUUCUUCGUGGACUUCAUGCCCAAGGACACCGAAUUUGCCAGUUCAAUACCAGUGGCCAGCAUGUGUCUCUCUAUGUUCAAUGCUGCCUUCGGCUACACCUUCUUUGUGGUGUACAAAUAUUACGACCAAAUGCGCGAAUAUCCACCUUUCUGGCAGUGCUUAUUGGUCGCCCUUGCCUCACUCUUCAUUCUAGGCGGUCGCACCAUUUCCGUGUCUCUAAUGGGGUAUGCUUACAUGCCCUGGCUUGCCUUCCUCUGUCUGGUGAUCAUCUACCUCCUACUUUUCGUCUCUUGGACAUAUAGGGUGUGGAAGCGAGAUGGUGACCCCCAAAAGAACAUCAUGAUAAGAGCUGCCUACAGUAUAAUCGAAACAUUUGCAGUGACAGUCAGUCUAAAGAAGAUGGUACUUACUAGUCUUUGCUUCAUGGGCCUCUGUGUAGCAUAUGUCAUCCAGAAUAAUAAUGAACUGGUGAUGUGGAUAAUGUUUUGUGUACCCAUUGUAGUGCAGAUUCUGGGCCUGAUACUGGUGUUACCCUGUCGAUACAUCUAUGAACAGGCCUAUAAAGUACUAGUUUUAAGCAUCUUGCCUAGUAAACAAGUAAUAGAUGAGGAUAUAGAAAAUUAACUGUGAACUUAAAGGCUAAUUACUGUAAGAACUGUACUUCAAACCUGUGCAUAUAAUUUUAUUUGAAUUUCAUGUAUGAUUAUUGCCUUUUGUCUCAUUUGUUCAUAUAUAUACCUUUGCUCCUUGUUAUAACCCCAGUUGGCACCACCCACCAUGUAAUGUUAUCAUUCAGAUUUAACUGUUACUUAGUUCAUGACAAAACCAGGCCAAGGUGCAAAUAAUUACAAGGGAAAUUACGA